AUGAGUGUCGAAAAUAGUCCUUCAAAUCUGAUUAGUGAUAAAUCUAUCUCUAAUAAAAAUAAUCAUAAUAAUAAUAAUAAUAAUAAUAAUAAUAAUAAUCAUAAUAAUAAUCAUAAUAAUGAUAUCAAUCAUAUCAAUCGUAUCAAUCAAAAUAACGAAAUACCUCAUGAUUUAUCAAAUAAUUGGUUUCUAAGUGAUUUAUAUAAUUUUAAUGUGCUACCUAAUCAAGAACGAUAUACUCCGAUCAAUUCAAAUAAUACUCCUCAACCUGCUCCAUCAAUUUAUAAUCAACAAUUACAUAGUCAUUCUCCGAUUCAACAUUCACCAUUAUCACAAUCUCAACAUCCAUUAAACCAGAACUUACCUUCUAAUCUACUACAGUCUACUCAAUUACCACCACAACAAUUACAAUCACAAUCACAAUCACAAUCACUAGCUAAAACAAAACAAAAACGUCCUUGCGAUCAAUGUAGAAGGAGGAAAACUAAAUGCGUUUUAGUUCCCAAUUCAAAUAAUUGUGUUAGUUGUGAAACUAAACAAACUAUAUGUACAUUUACAUCACAAGCAUUAAAAAGGAAACCAAUAGAAAUGGAAAAUGAUCAAUUAAAAAAGAAUAAAACUGAUUUUUCAUCGCAUUUAUUACCUAAUGAAUCAAUUCAAGUUCCUGAUGUACCUAUACGAGAUGUUCAACCGAUACAAGAUUAUUCAUCAAUAAAUAAUUCAUUACUUAAAAAGACUUUACUGUUGCAAUUUCCACGAUCGAGUUUUUAUAUUGGUCCAACUUCAUAUUUAUAUGAUAUAAAUUUAUUAGAUUUAAUAAUAGAUAAUCAAAAUAAAAAUAUAACAAAUAAUAAUAAGAUAGAACAAGUAAGUCUAAGUGAUUCAAUAUCUUUAAGAAAAGUUUCUGAAACUACUCAAUUUGUUUUAAAAGAUGAUCAAUCUCCACAAUCUUAUCAGACUAUGUCAAAUGAUGUAGAUACAAUUGAAAAAUUUGUUUCUCCACAUGGUCAAAUUUUGAUAGACCUAUAUUUUAGAAUUAUUCAUCCAUCAUAUCCCAUUUUACAUAAAAAAGUAUUUCUCGAAAAAUAUUCAAGAACUCAUAGAGAAUUUAGUGCUCCUUUAUUAGCUGCUGUAUAUGUAUUAGCUAUUCAAUGGUGGGAUUAUGAUCCACAAUUAAAUAGAUUCCCUAAACCAAAUGUCGAAUUAAUUUUAAAAAUUGGUUUAAAUAACUAUUUAUUAGAAAUUUUAAAAAGACCAAAAUUAAGUGCUGUUCAAGCUGGUUUAUUAUUAUUACAAAGAAAGCAUAUUACAAAUUAUAAAAAUAUAAAUGGAAGUUUACAAAAACAAAUUCAAGAUGGAGAUACUGAAUAUUCAGAUUGGGUGUUAUGUUCACAAGUUGUUUCAUUAUCUGAAGAAUUAGGUUUAGGGCUUGAUUGUAAUAAUUGGAAAUUACCAAAGUGGGAAAGGGGAUUAAGGAAACGAUUAGCAUGGGCUGUAUAUAUGGAAGAUAAAUGGUUAUCAUUAAAUAAUUCUCGACCAUCACAUAUAAAUGAAGAUAAUUGGAUAGUUCAACCUUUACAAUCUGAAGAUUUUCCUGAAAAACAUGGUGAUGGAGAUUUAAAAGAAGGUUCAUCAGAUAUAGAUAAUGGGAAAAAAAUAUUUAUAAACUUAAUUGAAUUAUCAAAAAUACUUUCAGAUAUUUUAAAAUCUUUUUAUUCAAUGAAAGCAAUGAAUGAAAUUAUUGAAGUUGAUGAUGUUUUAAAAAUUGCAAAACCUUUACAAUUAAGAUUAAGAAAUUGGUUUCAUUCAUUACCGGUAGAAUUACAAAUGUCAUCUGUUCAACCAAGAAAAUUAUGUUCAAAUGGAUAUUUACAAUUGGCUUAUUUUGCAACUGAAUUAACAUUACAUAGAAAAAUAAUAACGAUCAUAUAUCAACAAACAAAAUUGGGCAAUCAACCAUCAAAUGAAUUAAUAAAUGUAUGUAGAGCAGCUGCAAAGACAAGAUUAAUGGCACUGAUUGAAUUUGUAAGAGAUUUAAAACCAGAACAUAUUCAUUCAUUUUGGCAUUCAUCAUCAAGUUCAAAUUUUACAUUAAUUGGAACAUUUGCUGCUAUUUUAUUUAUGUCAUCACCAACAAAAGAAGAAACUGAUUUUUAUAGAGAUCAAAUUUUCAAUUAUCGUUGGGUUUUGAAAAUUUCAUCAAAGGGAUUUGAUCAAGUUGCAGAAGCCUUAGUACAGUUAGAUUUAGUAUUAGCUAAUGUACCUGGAUUAUUAAAUGAUAAUGUUGAUUUACCAAUGGUUACACCAAACGUACCUGAUCAAAAAUCACCUUAUUCACCAUUUUAUCAACAAGUAAAUAAUAAUCAUUCACCAGAUGGUAUAUCACCAAAAGAGAAAAAGACAACGGAAUCUCCAUCUAAAUAA